AUGGCUGGCAAAGCGAAGGAAGGCAAAUAUCCUGUUGAUGAAAGCCAAAUGGAUCCUUUAUUACCAGUAACAAAUAGUCAUACAGUUGGACUUGAUGCCCUACGAACAAUCGAUAAAUUGAAAAUAAAGCAACUUGUUUCAAUACGUGAAGCACUGUGUGGUAGUUCGUCUGCAGCAAAAUUUAAUAUUUUUAACGAACAAAAUGAAAAACUAUUCAAAGUCAGGGAAUCAUCGGCAUAUUGGCAACGAUUAUGUUGCAAAGCUAGACGAAGUUUUACACUACAUAUUGCUAAUAAUCUUAAGCAAGAUAUUAUUCGGAUGAGACGUGAAUUCGAAUGCUUUUCAGGAUGGUGUUGGUGUGGCAAUUUACAAUGUUGUAAGCAAGAAUUAAUUGUCGAAUCACCACCGGGAGUCGUCAUUGGCACUGUGUCACAAAAAGGAAGUUGCUGGCGACAUACAUUUGAAAUCAAAGAUGUAAAUUAUAAGACUAUAUUCACUCUAGUUGCCCCAUUGUGUAUUUGCGACGGGCUAUUCUCAUGCUGUUGUGAAAAUAAAUUUACUUUAAUUGGCACAGAUGGAAUCACAGAAGUUGGAGCUAUUUAUAAGAAAUAUCGUUGUCCUCUACAUGAAGCAACUUCAAGUACUGAUGCAUUUUUACUCAAAGUUCCGGUGGAUCUCGAUGUGAAAAUGAAAGCAGUCGUACUUGGCGCAGUUUUUCUUAUCGUAAGUUCGAUUAUGGUUCAUCUUUAA